AUGGCACCGGCUCUGGCUGCUGACGCGAAGAUACCUUGCCCUACACCACAUCAUCUGAAAGAAGAGCUGGAGACACUUACAUGGGCACUCGAACCAGAAGAGAAAGAGGACACAUGGGAGAAGUUCGAAAGAGCCAUUAUACGGUUCUCGGCUGUCACGAGAGGAGGAGGGUAUAAACACACGGAUCUAUAUAUCGAAGGAGUUGGAAGAAAAGGCGUCGGACCGAAAUUGGCUAAAUGCAUGCUAUCUGACAGAGGAAGAUUAUCAGGAGUUUCAACCGAUCUAUUACAAACUUUUGCACCUAGAUUAUCAACGAAUUUCAAACCUCUUGUCAAUUUGUAUUUGGAACCUCUGAUCGAUCUCCUAGGUCGACCGAAUAAAGUAUUCCUCAAAAGAGCUGAAAAAUGCUUAUUAACGAUAAUCACUCACUGUCAAAUCAAUACUAUAUUACCUGAAUUAAGGAGGGGGUUGAACGACAAUGCCGCGACAUGUAGAAGAGGUAGUGGUAUCGCAGUUGAACGUACGGUGAAAGAAUGGCCAGGUGAAUUAUGGACAGAAAGAUAUUUAGCGAUAUUAGAAGAAAGCGUAAAGAAAAUGGCUAUCGACAAAGAUCCUGAAGUCAGACAGACUGGCAAAAGAGUUUGGGCACUAUUCAAUGAUAUGUGGCCUGAAAGAGUUGACAACUUCUCUGCUCCGUUGACACCUACGAUCAGACGAUACCUUGAUAUAUCAGCUAAUGGUGCUGAUCCAUCUAAACCCAAACCCAAAGCGGUCAUCCGUCCUGCAUUGGUAGCUGUCAAACCUAUCUCGGCUGCAUCAUCGGAAUCUUCACAUGCUUCAGGUACCGCGCAGACCGCAAUCAAUUCCAAGCCACAGAACAAUCGUGUCAACGCUUUGGCGACUAAGCCAAUGCGACCUCUUCUGCAUCCACAACCCUCAGCAAUUGAAGCAGGACCUUCGCGACGUCGUUCACCCAAGAAAAACGUCGAACAACUACCUCCGGUAUCUGAACACGAAAUUGUCGAGAUCCCACAAUACCAACCAGCUCUAUCGCGUUCCAAAUCGAGCUCGAAUCGACUUCACAAUGAUUUUGCUGUACCACCAGCUUUAGGCUGGCAAGGUCGGUCAGUCUCACACAAUAUCCUUCCAUCGGUAUCUUCAAUGCCAUCUUUCCCAUCAGAUGAAAUAAAACAUUAUCCAUUGUCGAAACCUACCAGACCAGUUCUUCUUCCCGCACAUUCUGCACCUGCGGAAUCUACCGAAAUACAUCUGCCUCCAAGAAGAUUCGCGCCUCCAGCAAGGAUCAUGCGUGUCGUUUCAACGGACGAAGAAGGCGGCAUCGAACAUGGUGAUCAUCCUUUUACGACCCCGAGUGGAGCUACAGUAAUAAGAGGACCUCAAAGGAAUCUCAACGGUGGAGCAGGAAGAAGAGGUAAUGCACUUGGUCAAGCCCAUAGAAGAGUCGUUACUGGACCCAGCGUUGUUCCAGAAGAUGGCUACUUUGCUAAAACACCAGGAGGCGGAUGGAAUAAGCCCAGACAAGAGACGGACGAAAAGCUGGAAGAACAACAAUACUCGACGAAAGCGGAUAACCAUCGCUCAGAAAAACUUUCGCAAGCAUUUGCUUCACCCAUUCCUGCGCAAGUAGUAUCAAUGGACUCGCCCCUUAUGCCUAUCCUCAUCCGAUCAACAUCAGGCGAAGUCAGAGCCAUGGGUCUGGAGAAUGAAAGUGACUUUAUAGACAUGAAGGAAGACGUCUAUCCCGCUUCACCUCUCAGGCAGAAACAUGCAGAAGAGGAAGAUAGGAAGACAGUUGAGGUAGCGAGAAAGAUUGAAUUACCUGAAUCACCUAAGAAAGCCAACGAAGAACUUGAUGCACUGACAGAAGUCACAAAGGAAGAUCAAGCGGUAGAGGUGAUCAUGAAGAACUCGACAAUAGCUGAGGAAGGCGAGAGGGUGAUUACAAAGAUGGAAGAAGCUGUAGACACUUGCGAAACUCAGGAGCAAGAACAGGCAGAUUGCAAGGUCGAACCUACCGCGGCAAAUUCCGAGAAAGUUUUGGCAGUAGAGUCAUUGCCUGUUCCCCAAGCUAUCGAAGAAAUCGAAGAGAUUGAAGGUGAUAGAGUGCCCCAGUUGGCUGACAUAGUCACUCUUAUGACUUCUGCACCUGAGAAAGCCGGCCCUAAACCUUUAACACGUGUACCUUCAACAGCUGGUCGAGCAGGUCCCGAAACGCAAGGUCCUGCCAAACCCAACAUUGCCAAACCAAAGGUACUUGGUACCACCCUGCGUAAACCACCUGUCCCUGCUGCUCGAUCGGUGCCAACACGUACAGUCAGCGCACCGGUGGUUCGCAAACCCUUCAAACCAACAAAUCUGACGGCUCCCACAGCUACGACAGCAGCUCGCGCUGCCGCCUCUGUUCGGGCAGCACCGGCCACGACAGCUGUAUCUAGGCCUGUGGUUUCCACGUCUACGACUGCGAAGACAACCGCGACUUCGACUUCGAAUACCGCUAAGGAUUCAACCCUGAACAACUCCACAUCUUCCAAGCCUACAACAAUGAACCUGUCUACCGCCAGAGCUAGGGUAGUCUCCGCUCAAGUUGUAUCUAAAACUGAACCUAAGCCGGAGCCAAAGAUUACCUCCAAACCAUCUCUCCCUGCUACAGCUCGAGCAGCGCCUACAAGAAUCGUCAGUGGACCCAAAAAACCUACUGUGACCGCACACGUAACGCUUCCACCAGUCAAGAAGGAGAGAGUAUUCCGUAAAGCACCUUUACCAUCCUUCCGACCUGCUCGAAAUGGUCCUACCAUCACUACUGCUUCAUCAGAUCUGAAAGCAUCGACAUCAUCAGUCACUUCUGUCAGAGCAAAAGUCAAGCCUGAAAUGAUCGAACUACCCAAAUCACCAGCUAAACCAUCCGAAGUACCUCUCCCACCAAGUCCACAUGAAAUACCUCUUCCUCAUAGUCCAGUCAGCAAAGCCACUUCAGUGAUCAGCUCAAUCAGUCGAAAUAAUACCCAUAAAUCGUCUCCUCUCAAAGUCGAAAUUCGAGCGAGAGUGAGACAAGAUUCGAUCAUAUCAGUUCCUCAAUCACCCAUAAAGGUAGCUCCUGCAAAACCACUUUCACCGUUAUUGACAAUGGUAGAACCUGAUCAACAGGAAUCACAACUUGCUCAACCGGUAUUUGCUAUACCAACUCAAUCGGGAGUCGAAGAUAAUUUGAAUGGGUUGGGAUUGCCAACACAUUCAGCAGACCCUUUUUCCAAUCACCCACCUACUCCACACUCAAAAUUGUCCACAUCGACUACAUCCGAGGCUGGGGACAUAUCAACAGAUACAGAUGAAUCAGUAGAAAGGAUAACGUUCAAGUCAGUUUCUGCAGAUACACCUGAGAAUCAUCCUUCCACCACAUCCUCUCCAUCAAAAGCAAAACCUGCGUUUGGUAGUCGAUCAGAUGUAUCAACACCUGGAAGAUCCGCCGCUAUGUUGCUGGCUAAAUUAGAGGGAUCGGAAAAAGGUAUGAAUAUGGCUAUGUCUUUCACACCUGGACCUGGACCCGGAGAAAGAAAGGCUCUAAGUGUUAAAGAUACCAACACUCCGGCUACGUCAGCUGGACAUAGUAGUGAGGGCGAUUGGGAUAUCAGUGCUUAA